UCAACUUAUUACUUAUUAUUAGGUUGUAUAUUUUGUGGAAUAUUGGUACCGCAUGGAUGAGAUGUUCGAACUUAUGCCAACUUUAUGUGGUACAAUAUUUUGCUUUGGAAAACUAACUGGCUUAACUCACAAUUCUAAAAAGUUUAAGGAUCUCAUAGACUUAACGCAUGAAGAUUGGAUUAAUAUUCCAAAGGGUCGAGAAAGGCAAAUUUUAAUGCGCUACGCCAAGAUUGCACGAAAGUUUACGAUUUCAUACGCAACUUGCAUAUGUGGACUUUUGUUUAGUUACCUAUUGCUACCUCUCAGCGUAUUUGUACUUGAUUCUGCUACAACACAGAAUGAAACAGGUCCGAGGAAAUUAUUGCAUCGUGCUGAAUAUUUUGUAGACCAAGAGAAAUAUUAUUAUAUGCUUUUAUCUAUUGAGGUUACUGCUUAUGUAGUAUCCGGUAUGAUCGUUAUAGCCAUAGAUGCCAUUUAUUUCUUGUUACUGGAACAUAUUUGUGGAAUGCAAAAUGUAUUGUGUCACUGUUUGGAGAAUUUAACAGUGCGUGAUAAAUUGAGAUGGGUUGACAAUGAUCAAUUGAAUAUGAUCAAUGGAGUUGAUCGACGUGUGCGACAUUGUAUUCAACUGGACAAAAGAAUAAGAGAAUAUGUAGAUAUAGUGGAAGCUACUUUCGCGACAAGUAUUUUAGUUGAUAUUGGAUUUGGAUUUAUGUUUCAUACUUCUACAUGUAUAAUGAUUGUGAUUCGAAAGGGUCGGUUAACUGAACUUGCGCAAUUCGUAUCAUUGUUGAUAUUACAGAGCUUCAGAUUCUUUUUAAUCAGUUGGACUGGACAAGAAGUGAUCGAUCACAGCUCUAUCAUUCCGAUAGCGACUUAUAAUGCAAUGUGGUAUCAGAUGCCUAUAGAAAUACAAAAGAAUCUAAUGUUACUAAUUGUGAGAAGUCAGAAAUUUUCCCAAUUAACAAUUGCGAAAUUUUACGUUAUUAAUCUGGAAAAUUUCAGCGCGGUAAUGAAGACAUCAGUGACAUAUUGUACGGUAAUGACUUCGAUACGUUAGGCCCAAAGUGUAAUUUUGAACAAGGAAUCUCUCAAUAAUUCUUCUCUCACUAGUUCGUUGUCUGCUUUUUAAAAACUUGAGUGAUUAAUAUAAUUAUUCACUA